AUCGCUUUGUGGAACGAGACCCAGGUCAACUGCAACCAGGCUGAGCUUUGUCUCUUGUUAGAUUUGAUUCAACAAGCAAGAAAUAUUCAGGUGUACAGAUAUUCACAUGUAAUCCAGAUCUAAACAUUUGUGUCUUUCAUCACUCACGGUGGGUAUUCCAGAUUAGAAUUGAUCGCUAGCUACUUAUGCUGGUUGUACAUGACGACCAAAUAGAUUAGGUGGUCAGAUUCAGUGACAUGGUUCAUAGUGUGUCAUCAUACCCCGAUGGCAUUGAUUGUUGUUCACAAUAUCAAUCACUGGUCCAGGCUCGGAUUAUUUACAGGCCUCCGUCAUAUAGCAGGAAUAUUGCCGAGUAUGUUGUUCAACAACAAACAAACAAUACUCCUAUGAUCACUAUCAUGUUUCUGAGCACUUCUUUGUCCAUUGUAGAAGUCCAAUCAGUGAACAGCAAUCUUCGAUGGUGUGCGAUGCGGUGUACGAUGCAGAUGGGGAGACUCUGUGUCAGAAGACACGUCAAAAUCCCCAUACAUCCGACUGCUCCAUUUCAUGCCACAAGCUGUUUGUACAGAUCUCCUCCUCAGCAAACUUGCAAUCCUUUUGAACCUCAGGCAUCAGAAGUUAUAGAUGUCCGUACAGAGAGAGAGUUUUCAUUGGACCACAUACCAGGUGCCAGGAACUUGCCAGUGCUGACACAGGCCCAGCACGUUGAAGUGGGUACUCGGUACACAGACAAUGCCUUCCAGGCUAGGAAACUGGGGGCCAGAUAUGUCGCCAGUUGCAUCAGCAAACAUAUUGAAAACUAUUUCCAGGAGAAAGAUGAAAACUAUUCACCUCUAGUGUACUGCUGGCGUGGAGGUCAGAGGUCAAACAGUCUGGCGAUAGUUCUGGCCGAGAUUGGAUUUCGUGUGUUUGUGUUGAAGGGGGGCUAUAAGUCAUACCGGCACAUUGUCACCCGGGAUCUCGACAUCCUUCCAAGGGAGAUGAACUUCAGGGUUAUAACAGGUUUAACAGGAAGUGGCAAGACUUUUCUCCUUCACCAGUUAUCAGAACGAGGCCAACAAGUCCUUGACCUUGAAGGUUUAGCUUGCCACAAGGGGUCCACCCUCGGUCUGUGGCACAACCACACCCAGCCCUCUCAGAAGAUGUGGGAGUCCCUCCUUCGGGACAAGAUGUCUCAGCUGGACAGCACCAAGCCUGUGUGGGUGGAGUCUGAGAGUAGGCGGAUUGGCAGAGUUACCAUCCCAGGAACACUAUUUGACAAAAUGGGUGAAGGACAGAGAUACGAAGUGAAUUUACCCAUGUCCGAACGUGUUCGGCACAUCAUUAAGGAUUAUCCUCACUGGAUAUCUGAUGUGGAGAAACUGAAAACGACACUUGCACCUUUAGCGAGAUUUGUUGGGAAGAAGAAGGUGUACGACUGGUAUGAUUUAUUAGCACAUGAUCGGUUCGAAGAAUUUGUGGAGAGUAUCUUACGUGAUCACUAUGAUCCAACCUAUACCAAGUCUCAAGCUAAAGCUCUGACAAGAUCCACAUGUGAUGUAAAACAGUUUCACUUAGAAAAUAUACAAGAAUCUGCUGUAGACCAAUUUAUUGAUCAUAUAAUUGACUCUUGAGUAAUUAAACCUUCUGAAAAGCUAUUUUAAACUUCUUAAUCAUGGUGAUAAUGUGACCUAUUUCAUUGUGAUAUAAGAAAUUUAGAAGUGAAUAAACAAGAAUAUAAAACCAAGA